AGCUGCAUUCAUAUAUCUAGAGUCUUUAAACCUCACAUAACCUCUUCAACUUCCAAUAUAAACAGCUGUUUCUCACGCGUGCGCUUGAAAUUAACUGUAAUUACAUGGGAUUUCGAGUAUUUGUACGAUAUAUGUUGGACGACUGUUGACACGAAAAAGCUGUCUCAGUGAUAAGUUCAGUGGGAUACGGUACUGUUGUAAUGAAGCCAAACACGAAAAAUAAUAUACCGAGGGCUCAGCUUAAGUAAAUGUUGGUGAUCAGGGGGAGUGGACGUUCCCUUUAGAUUUAGCGGACUAGCUUCUAUUGUGUGAAUUGAUUUAUUUUUGCAACGGGGGAGGGGGGGGCUCUGCCACAUGAGUAUCACUGAAUCGCUCCAGAUUUUAUUACCCCAUCUGGAUGUUUUUGAUCGGAUUCUGAGAAAACAACGAAAGCUCCUCUCAUUCUUGUCAUUAGUAUCUGACGUUUCAAUAAAUGAAAAAUCUAAUGAUUGCCCCCUUUAGUGACACUUUGGAAGAAAAUUCCAACCAUUAAAACCUUCAGGAUCAUCAACAUUUCGGUUUAAUGCGGAUAUUUUUGUAAUUGGAUGAUUUAGGAAACCGUGAACUGUUACUUUGACAUGUUGUAGUGAUGCUACAUAUAUUUUGGACAUAAUCCAAUUUAAAACUGAUGUCAUUGGUGGUGCAAAUGGCCAGAUGACUCGCUCAGUGACAUAGAAAUUCCCAAUGAAAUCAAUGUGUUCAUUAUGAAGUGAGAAAUUGCUGAGGGGCUAGUAAUCGCUAUGUCAGAGCCCUCGUGCUCCUCAUCAAUGAGAGAGACGUGCAAUGGGGCACCUGGGGAAAAUACUGGAGUGAUGAAGAGAUGGGAUUGUUUUCAUAACUGGUUGCACUGCAUCUGUGUUGUUACAUUUGAUCUAGAGCUGGGGCAGGCUGUGGAGGCAAUAUACCCAAGUCACGUGAAACUAUCAGAAUCGGAGAGAUCAAAUGUCUGUUACCUCGCGUUUCCAGACUCAAACUCUGGUUGCAUGGGUGACACUCAAUAUCACGUGAGGAUCCGCCAGAGUUCCAAUUUCUCGGCACGUGAGCGACCAGCGCUCAAGGAGUACAACAGGAAGUCACCGAGUUUUCUCCAGUUCGAUAAGGAUUUCUAUUGGGGAUACGUAUACUUUAGACAAGUUAAGGAUAAGACUCUGCCGAGGGGCUACUUCCAAAAGAGCGUUGUUCUCAUAUCGAAAUUACCGUUCGUCAAUUUAUUCGCUGAAUUGUGCGCUCUCCUUGCUCCUGAGUUUUUCGACGCUGGAAAUGCAAUAAUGGAUGUUGCCAUUCGUGAAAUUGAUCACUGGCCAGAGCCAUUGCCAGGACAGCUGAUACAUCUUCCACUUUUAGGAGUUUUAUUUCAGACAUAUAUUCCAAACACCAAUUACAAGGCAGCAGUGCCAUCAGUAAGUGCAAUGGAAGCGGUAAAAACUUCGAAAUGUGUAAAUUCCCUGCGUCGACUGAUAGUCGCCUCAGCCUACGAGAGUGACAUGUUCCAAAGUCUGUCCAACGUAGUAAGCCACGUGCACCUUCUCUGGGAGUUGGUGCUCCUCGGUGAGCCAAUAGUAGUGAUGGCUGGUUCCCCAACAACUUGUGCUGAAAUGGUCCAAGCUCUGGUAGCAACAAUAGCACCCCUGAAAUACUGCGCUGACUAUCGGCCGUACUUCACAAUCCACGAUUCCGAAUUCAAGGAGUACACGAUGGACGCCCCAACACCUCCAGCAGUGAUCCUGGGUGUCACAAAUCCAUUUUUUGCCAAGACACUCCAGCGAUGGCCCCACAUUAUACGUAUCAGUGACGUAUCUAGUUCUGACAAUCAGAAGUACAGAAUCAAGAAGUCUGAAAGUUUGAAAAUCCUGGACUCAAAGCCAGGUGUCUAUACACAGUACAAGACAUUCCUGCAGAAGGACAAGGGGAUCCUGAAGAAAUUGCUGAGGGGGACGCAGACCAAGAGACCUAGGGAAGUGCAGACGGCACUUCUCAAGAGACAUCUGAUGGAUCUCACUGAGAGCUUCAUGAUUCCUCUGGAGAGAUAUAUCGCCAGUUUGAUGCCGUUGCAGAAGAACAUAUCGCCAUUCAAGGCAACUCCAAUACCUCACAUGUUCAAUCCAGAAGAUUUCCUAGCGACUCUACCAACUGCUGGUCCUCAAUUAACGAUUGGAAUCAAGGGUGACUGGGUGGGACUCUACAAACGAUUUUUCAGAACUCCAAAUUUCUCUGGGUGGUUUCUCUCACGUUACACGGAACUAACGCUGAAGUUGCAGGCUCUACAGCUAGAAGCGCUAUCUCAAGCGGAUCUCAAAAAUUGGGUUCAGGAUAAACAAGAAGUCGAAGUAGUCGACAUGAUUUUACGUAUCCGUCAAAAAUUAGAAAAAAGUUACGACGAAGAUGUGCCAAUUACUCAAGCUGUGCGUGAAAAAUUGUGCGAGAGGAUAGAUGACAUUACAUUGACACUGCCGGAAGACUUGAAGAUUAUACUCAAUCGGGAAUCCUGACGUUUCACCAUUUUUUUAUUUUUUAUCAUCAAUUUUUUAUUUACUUUUCCAUUAUCUAUAAGUUUUUAAUAUAAUAAUUCAAUGAAAUUAAAUUUCACGGCUAAAUUCUCAUUUGUCAAAUGUUCAUUUGUAUACUGAGAUUUUUGAAAUUAUUCGCGAUGUAAAUACGAAACACUAACACCAUCAUUACGUAGAGUUUGAUAUUUUCUUGAGCAGCACCUUGUUAACGACUUAUACUCAUUUGGACGUAAACUUUGUAUACAACGCCAGAUUUUAUAUGAUUAUUUUCCUCGGUUCCCUAGGAUUAAUCGAUGUAAAAUGCGUAAUCUCAUUGUAGACAUAAUCAGUGUAGAAGUUGGAAAAAAUCUCAAAAGUGUAAUAUGAGGAUACAGUGGGGGAUGAGUGGAUAUUGAGAUGAUUAAAAUAUUUAUUUUAUUAAUAGAGAA